CGCCCGUUCAACACCUCGAUCACACAGCGACAUCCAAUAAGAGACGAUGGACCAGCCUACAUACUCCAGCAAACGUAGUGUUUGCCUUUAACACCACGACUGCAUCUCCAAAUCGAUAACAUUGCACAGAUUACAGAUUUAAUAGUGACAGACGGUCCCCAGUUGGAUAUUUAAAGCGCCAGUGUUAGCAUGGAUACAGGGUCUAUUUCUAGAGAUCGCGAUGAUGCUGAAACCAUCGACCUAUCUACAAAACAGCGAUUUUCUCAGGAGCCACCUCAAAGUGACAUCCCCGAGGUUUCUGUUUGUCACCCAGACAGUGACGGUACAGAUUUCCAAAUGUGUCCGGUCAGGAUUGAGGAAAACCAAGAAGAUAACAGCAGUACAUUCAAGUCGACCUCGUCUACUCAACUCAACCGGCAAACAUCGCAAGGCUCUGGCUAUCAUUCACCGCAACACAAAAGGUGCCCCUGUUGUGGCCAUCACCAGUCAAUUGAAAGCAAUGUCUGUACAGGUCAAAUCAAUGCUUUCCAUCAAGCAGACUGUUCAACGAGUCCUGUUAGGACUGUCCAUAGCUGCAGUCCAUCACAUCUGCCUUCGGGUCACAAAAAAUUGCAAAGCCGCUGGGUUCAUGGACCUCACGAAGGCCUUAACCACAAUCCUGUGCAACGUCACAUGGUGACAGUGAGGAAUGAUGGCUUAUAUAGAAUUCCAAGGAGCUAUUCACAGGUCAUAGCCGAAUACCCAUUCGCUGUACUCAUUUCGUGUACAGUAGUUCUCUUUGCCUGUUCUCUGGCUGGGAUUUUAUCCGGUCCACUUCCAGACUUUUCAGACCCUUUGUCGGGAUUUGAACCCCGUGGAACAGACAUAAGCAUCCGGCUAGCAACGUGGAUGAGGUUACAGCAAAACACUGGACCUGGAAAAUCACUUUCCCCAGUUCCCUGGCAACUCACAGAAGAAACUACAGCGAGAGAGGACACAAGCAGAACUCAAAAACGCUCAAGAAGGAUGUUGCACCGGGAUAAUGCUGAGCACAACUUUUUUUGUAAUGCCCCAGGAGAACGCUAUGCUCAGCUGGUCUUUCGCUCCGGAAACUCUGCUAGUCUCUGGAGUCUAAAGGCAAUUUACUCCAUGUGCCAGAUGGAACAGACACAGAUCCGUUCAAGGACACAAUUUAAAGAGUUCUGCCAGGUCCGAUCAGAGUUAGACGGCUCUGAGUGCUGUCCGAGUUGGUCGCUGGGGAACUACUUGGCUUUUCUCAACAAUGUUUCUUCCUGCUUCCAUUUGACUGCACAGCAUGUGUCUGAAAGUCUAAGUCUGCUCAGAUUCUGUGCUCCUUACUACCAUGAUGGAAGCUUGGUUGCAUUAUGUACGGAAAGAAGUAAAUAUGGCCGCUGUGCAUCCGUACCACACCGGUGUAAGCAGACAAGUAUCUUCCAUAUUCUUCAUUAUCUUGUGGACAAGGACUUCCUGGGGCCCAAGACUGUUGAAUAUAAAGUCCCAUCCCUAAAAUAUAGUGUUCUGUUUUUACCGGUGGAGAAAGGAGAUCCGUUGAUGAAAAUUUAUUUGGACCAUCUAGAGGGUCACGAGCUCACAUAUAACAACACCACCAUUACUGGAAUGGAUUUGGGUAUUAAACAAAGACUUUUCAAGUAUUACUUGGCCCGAGACUCUAUCUACCCUGUUCUCGCAGCUCUUGGACUUUUGAUCACAAUGGGCUUGUAUCUGAAAUCGUUACUGAUAGCAGUGAUGUCACUUGUUGCUGUCAUAUUAUCACUCGGCACCUCAUAUUUUUUCUAUAAGGUUGCAUUUCGGUUGACAUUUUUUCCACUCAUUAAUCUCACAUCAGCCCUCGUACUUUUAGGAAGUUGUCUGAAUUACGCCCUGACUUUUGUUGAUUUCUGGAAACAACAGCUAAGUCACAACCCUCCAGCUAUCCCAGAGAAAAGAAUGAACCGAGUUUUACAGGAAAUGGGAUACUUGAUACUAGUGUCAGGACUCACAUCCAGCACCGUAUAUUACUCAGGCUACAUAAGCAGCAUCACAGUUGUGAGAUGUUAUGCUAUAUAUCUUGGUAGUGCCUCUUUGAUCAACACUUUAUUUGCUCUUGUUUGGCUUCCCUGCACACUUAUUUUGCAAGAACGCUAUGCUGUGCAAUCUUCAAACCAUGCCACAAAGGCAGCAUGGAAUCCCUGCUGCUCAAAAAACGCUGGUGGUUUCUGGGAGACGAGUUCAAGAAAGCGCUGCCUCUUCACGCUGAAACAGAAGCUCCGGACAUUAGGACGAGGGUUUAUGGACACAACGAACUUGCUUUUUUUAAAGAUUCUGCCUUGUGGUGUAGUGAAGUUCCGAUAUAUUUGGAUCUGUUGGUUUGCAGUGUUAGCAGCUGGAGGAACAUACAUAUCAUGUGUGGAUCCUGGCAUGAAACUGACAACUUCAGAGAGUAAAGAUGCACAGCUGUUCCGUUCCAGUCAUCCUUUUGAAAGAUACGAUGCCGAAUACCGCCACCAGUUCAUGUUCGAGAGAGUAAAACAAGGUGAAGAUGAGCCAAUGAGAUUAACGCUAAUUUGGGGUGUCCUUCCUUCAGACAACGGCGAUCACUUUAAUCCAAAAAGUAACGGUUCUCUGGCUCUGGAUCCUGAGUUCAACAUGAGCAGUCCCGAAGCCCAAGUUUGGUUGCGAGACCUAUGUGGGAUCAUUCGAAACCAGAGCUUCUACUCUCAAAUAUCAACUGACCAAGAGACAGUCGAAGAAAACGUGUGUUUCGUCGAAAGCUUGAUUCAUUGGGUUUCCAUACGGCGUUGCUCGGAAAGUGAGGAUGCAUUUAGUUUCUGCUGCAAUGACUUUCCCUUUCCUUACCCUACAAGUGUUUUCGAACAGUGCCUUAGCAUGAUGGUAGCAGAGCAGUAUGCAGAGGGCCACUUGCCUAGUACUGGAGGCCUAAGGUUUGAUUCAGAAGGUCGAAUCACAGCCCUUGUGCUUGUGUUUAAAACCGUACAACGCUACAGCUUUAACUACAGCAGAAUGUCACAAUUCUAUCAAGAGGUCCUGACAUGGUUUAAUGUGGAAAUCUCCAAAGCCCCAAUGGGAUUGCGGAAAGGGUGGUUUGUAAGCCAGCUUGGUUUAUAUGACCUCCAGAGAUGUCUGAGUUUAGAGACGUUACAUGUGGCCGGCUUUUCCGUAGCUCUCACAUUUGUAUUGCUCUUCCUGACAACCUGGAAUAUUCCAUUAAGCAUCUACUUGUCCAUUGCUGUGGGAGGAAGUGUUUUUGCUACCAUUGGACUCCUGGUGCUAUUAGAAUGGCAGUUAAAUGGUGUGGAAGCACUGUUCAUUUCCACAGCUGCUGGUCUUUCUGUUGACUUUGUAGCCAAUUACUGCAUUUCAUACAGUCUGGCCCCACACAGCGACAGAUUGGGAAGGGUCGCACAUUCCCUGAAGAGAAUGGGUUGUCCGGUAGCUACAGGUGCUGGGGCGUAUUUUUAUGUGGGCAUCAUUAUGCUACCGGCAACCGCAUUGCUCUUCCGAAAGCAGGGGAUUUUUCUUCUGCUUGUGAAGUGCGUGGCAUGCGGCUUUGGCACUUUUUUCUUUCAGUCAUUGUGCUGCUUCUUUGGCCCCCAAAAGAACUGCGGGAAAAUAACCCUACCGUGCGUCACAAAGCAAACCACCGAAAAUAAACUGUCUUCUUGUUCGGCUGCAGAACCUGGGACUGCCAGUCCAUCAGCUAAUGGGGCAUUUGGCUGUGGCACAGGUUCACGUGUUCGACGAAAAGUGAAUAAAGAAAGCGAUGGUUUUCUCUGCCCCGAUCAGGAGCACCACAGAAAGCGGCAACCAGUCGGAGGGAAAGGGCCAGAACAGUACGAGCUGCAGCCACUGGCUUGCCAAUUGAGCGACAGCUUUGAGAAUAGCACUUGCACCAGCAAGCUGUCAAAUAGACCUUCCGUCCUUUCUGAUGACAUUCAGUUCUGCGGACAUAGUCCCAGGCAAGAUUACGAUCGCAUCAGUGAUGAAGCUGACAGUGAAGAAAUGUGCAACAGGCACCUUAAAAGUUGCAACCAACCUCCGGCACUUCAGACGUCAUCUCCGUAUAAAGAGAACAUGUUGCGUUGUGCAAUCAAUCCUCCGCAAGAUCCGUCCAAGGAGAAGAAUUUGUGCAAGAAAUGUCGAGGCCAGUCAAGCAGCGGCCUUAAACUUUGGGAUGUGUCUCUGUCGUCCUCUUCUAGUAUGGAAGAAAUUAUGACCACACAGACUACAGACACCGUAAAUCAAAUAUCACUGUCAAUAGACGGGGUUGCUAGCUGUCACAAACGACUCCUUUCAUGUCAGUCUCAAGGUUCCAUGGAGGGACUUGAAGAUUCAGAUGAGACUUGGCUAAGUGAUGUUGAGCCUGCUAUUUCAGUUACUCUAGCUGUUAAAGAGGAAGAGUUACAACCUGGUCACCUUAACGGCAAGAGAGACACUUUACGUUUGUCCUUGAAGGAGACUGUAUAUGACCUUGCCUCACCAGGGACUGGCAGACUGCGGUCCACCCAAAGUGAAGUACCAGUGAUACUUCCCAACAGUAAACCUGAUAUGCCUGAUGUUUGGAUCAAAAGGGAAGGAAAAGGUGAAGGUGGCAGCUAAGCAGCACUGUCAACGUACCCCAGCAUGGCCAGUACUUUAUAGGCUGGGCUAAACUUUUGUAUUCAUCAGCUUAGUUAAGUUUGUAAUCUGUCUGAAAAUGCAAACCAGACACAAUUCUGCAAUCCCCAUCAUUUAUUACACGUCAAAGAAAUGUAUUCGGAGUACAGAGUGCUUACAGAAAUCGUUUCAGACCUGGAAAGGACUGAUUUUUAAAGCAUGAUUUCUUGCAUGUCAUGUACAUAUACACUGAAUGUGCACCCACAAAUAGCCUUUCUUCAGGGGCCUUUAACUGCAGACACUUAAGAGAACAACUGUGCCUGAUCUUUGACAACCAAGCCAUGAGCUUCGAGACACUCACAUACAUUGUUAUCAAUUUUAUAUUUCAUUUUAUAUAUCAGGCUUAAUCAACAAUCAUCUUUAUCAAAGAUUAGUAGCACUAUGAAAAAACUACUACAGCAGUGUUACAUUUUAUGCAUACACUAUCACAAACACUUUGUGUAAUGCUUGCUGCUGUGGAUUUUGCAUGAUAAUACCUUUUUAUUGUAUGUUGAAAAACAUUUUGCAUUUCCAACCCUAAUGUUUUUUAUAAAAGCGUUAACGAAACACAUUUCUUAUUGGCAGAACCAAUUUAUAAAAAUGUAUUGUUUAAUAGUAUACAGCAGGACAUAUUUCCCUAACGCCCUAAAAGAUUUUUAAUUCACUGUACUACUACAUUGAUCCCUAAAAAAUUAAGUGUUACCUCUAUGUUUAGUAUAUCUGAAAGAUUGCAUAGAAUGCAAAAAGGUUGUAUGUAGCAAGUGUUAUUUCGUGAUGUGCACAAAAAUGUAAAUCCUUUAUGAAUAUGGAUUCUAUGGAAAUAUAGCAAAGGUCAGUGGAUUUUUUUUUAUUUUUAGGAAAAUUCUGAGACCACGCAUCAUAGUAGCGUAAGUAAAUUUAUCUCUUAGAUACGUUUUUGUUACUUCAUUAAGACCAACUGCUUUUUUUUAAAGCAUUUUAAAAUACUGUGCCAAAAUGUAAAAUAAUUAUGUGCCAAAAUGUUUAUGAAAUUAUGCAGCUGUAUUAUAAAACCUCCUGGUGUGGAAAUUAUGUUGUUGAUAGCCUUUUAUGUCUGAAGAUA